UGUACUAAAAUAUAGACUUUUGCGGAAUGCUUUACUAUAAGAUUCUAUGGUUACAAGAUAAAUGCACUUUUCGCGGUUUAUUGGUCUUAUCACAGAUUUGAUAAGAGUUUUGUAAUCAACUUGAUAUGUUCAAUCGAGUAAGAUACAAUGACCACCAAGAUUCCAGAUACAGAUUUUAAUGUACCUUGGUCACAAGCUGUGUGGCUAAAUCCACCCCCACAAGUUUCAGAAAUAGAAAAUGAUAUAUUGGUGUCAACAGGUGCAGAAACAGACUUUUGGAGAAUAACGUCGUACAAUUUCAUACAUGACAAUGGUCAUGCUCUUUUAACUGAACUGAGUGAUGGAAGAGCAGUAGAAGUUACUUUUAAGGCACUGUUUGACGCUCAGUUUGACCAGGCAGGCCUUCUCGUUUACAUUGACGAAAAAAACUGGAUCAAAGCGGGUGUUGAAUUAUCGGAUGGAGUACCGCAACUGGGCGCUGUUGUCACGAAAACUAUGUCGGAUUGGUCUGUAGCUCCUGUACCGAAUUGGAAUGAUGGAUCUACACCAGUGACAGUCAGAGUAAGUCGUUCAGGGAACGCACUUACGAUAAGAGCGAGAUUGGGUAACAAUCCAUGGCAAUUUGUACGACUAACGCCGAUCGAGGAAAAUGCUAAGAUUACCACUGGUCCAAUGGUAUGUUCACCGACUCGUACCGGACUGCAGGUCCGAUUUACCAAGUUUGCUCUUGGACCUGCAGAUCUAGCAUUGCAUGAUUGAAGUUGAAUCGUUUUUGUGUUAUGAAAAU